ACGGACAUCGAUGACAUGGGUACGGGGAGCAAUGAUCCCUCCGUCUGGAGAGGUGGACUUGCAGAGGAGGUGGAUGACAAAGUUCUUCAUGCAGCUUUUAUUCCUUUUGGAGAUAUCACAGAUAUUCAGAUUCCUCUGGAUUAUGAAACAGAAAAGCACCGAGGAUUUGCUUUUGUUGAAUUUGAGUUGGCAGAGGAUGCUGCAGCAGCCAUCGACAACAUGAAUGAAUCUGAACUCUUUGGACGGACGAUUCGCGUCAAUUUGGCCAAACCAAUGAGGAUUAAGGAAGGCUCUUCCAGACCAGUUUGGUCAGAUGAUGACUGGUUGAAGAAGUUCUCUGGGAAGACUCUGGAAGAGAAUAAAGAGGAAGAGGGGUCGGAGCCCCCCAAAGCAGAAGCGCAGGAGGGAGAGCCCACUGCCAAAAAGGCCCGGUCGAACCCUCAGGUGUACAUGGACAUCAAGAUUGGGAACAAGCCAGCCGGCCGCAUCCAGAUACUCCUGCGCUCAGACGUCGUUCCCAUGACGGCAGAGAAUUUCCGUUGCCUGUGCACCCACGAGAAGGGCUUUGGCUUCAAGGGGAGCAGCUUCCACCGCAUCAUCCCCCAGUUCAUGUGCCAGGGCGGCGAUUUCACCAACCACAACGGCACCGGGGGCAAGUCCAUCUACGGGAGGAAGUUCGAUGAUGAGAACUUCAUUCUCAAGCACACGGGACCAGGCCUGCUCUCCAUGGCCAACUCCGGCCCGAACACCAACGGCUCCCAGUUCUUCCUGACGUGUGACAAGACGGACUGGCUGGACGGCAAGCACGUGGUGUUCGGGGAGGUCACGGAAGGCCUGGACGUCUUGCGGCAGAUCGAGGCGCAGGGCAGCAAGGACGGGAAGCCGAAGGAGAAGGUGAUCAUCUCUGACUGUGGGGAGUACGUGUGAGAGGCGCCUCCUCUGCACCGCCCCGCACAUCCAGGAUCCGGCAGCCCCCGGGACCCAGCACCUGUUAACGGGGGUCUGUGCCGUGGCCUCGGGCUCAGCUUGGAGCAGCUCCUCUGCAGGCGCGGCCUGGCCUUCCCCUGGCUCUUCCAAGUGAGGCCGCGGGCCAGGAUCCAGCACAGGCGCCACCCUCCCCACCGUGGACGGCUGUGCGUGGCCUUUGCUGCCAGGGCCUCUCCUAGGCCCAGCAGUGUGGCUCUAGACGUUUCUUCUGGUAAAAUAAACCCCAGUUCCUGUCUUGCUGCCUCCAGCUAGUUCCUGGGAGACUGCACCUAUGGCUAAGCUGUCACAGUGAGAUAGGCUGGCGAGGAAGUAGGGCAUAGUGUCUUCCCCGCAACUUGUCUUUCCUUUCUUGGGUAUAGCCCCUGAGAUGCCAGGUGAUGUAUCUUCAAGCCAGAUAUUCUGAGUCGGAGGCAGUGGAAGAGUUCCCAUCUGUUGCCCCUGCUGCUGACCUGAAGCUGGCUUCUCAUAGCCAACAUGCAUACGAGUCUCAAUGAUUCAUUUAUUUGUUCACUUCUGUUCUACAGAAUUUUAAACAAUGACAUUUAUAACUCGAUGUGCCUUUUCCAUGCCAGAUACUGUGCUUAUUUGUCAGGAGACAGCAGGUCAGCACACUACCUGAGCCUAAUCCAGCCUGCUGCCUAUUUUUAUGAAUAAAGUUUUAUUGGAGCACAGCCACAUCAUUUGUUCA